GAGUUAUAAAUAUACAUUUUAAUUAUAAUGGCAACUAAAUUGUUAAUACAACGUAUUGUUAAUUUAAAUCAUGGUUUUAUAAAAAACGUUUGUUAUAAAUCAUCCAAAAAGUAUGUUUCAACGUUGCACGUUUCUGGUAGAAAUGCAAACAAAAUUUGCGUAUUUCUUUCGCCAUAUUUGGAUUUCGAUGAACGUUUUAACGACAUUGAUGGAUUGCAAAAAGAAAUAAAAUUACGUAAACUAAACAUGGAUCUAAUAGAAAUGAAAAAGUCAUGGGACUUUUAUAAAUCUAUUGAAACGAAGUAUUUAACUUUGGAGAAUAGAAAAAAAGAGAUGUCAAAGAUGUUAACAUCGUUAAUAAACAAAACGGAAAAGACUUCAAAUGACGAAGAAGAGUUAGUCAAAUUACGUUUACAAUUUAAAAUGAUCAUGCAAGAUAUGAAAACUAUCAAAGAAAUGUUAUGGGAUUUGGAUGAAACUGUAAUAGAAAAAUUAUUAAAAUUACCAAAUAAAUUGGAUGAUAGAACACCACCAUCAACAUCAAUGAUAUUACAAAACGUUGGCAAAUCACCAGCCAUAUUAUUGGACAAUAAUAAAAAGAGUCACAUCGAAAUUGGAGAAAAACUCGAUCUAAUUCAAUACAAAGAUCCGAUGAAUUAUUAUUUGUUAAAUGAUGCGGCCAUGUUUGAAUUUGAAUUAUUAAACUUUGCUGGAAAAAUGCUUAAUGAUAAUAACAUCAUGAGAAUAACAGGAUCAGAUUUGUGUCGUAGCGUUUUGGUAGAAGGUUCGGGUUUGAAUCAUGAGAAUCCUUUAGAUACAUUUAUAUUAGAAAAUGAUGACGAAUCUGUCAUGGAUAUAAGCAGCCAUAUGCAUUUGGUUGGUGGAACAAGUUUAUCAUCAAUGUUAGGUCUUCACGCUAAACAAUUAAUCAAAUUGGAUAAUUUACCAAUCAAAUAUUAUUCCGUUGGUAGACAAUAUACACCAGUAGUUUCUAAUGAAACAAUGUUAUCUGGUUUAUUUUCCGUUGGUCAAGCAUCAACCGUUAAUAUCUUCUUAAUAUUAAAAGAUUCAAUGGAGUGUACAAUUGAAUUCGACAAAAUAUUACAAAUUAUUAACAAUUUUUAUAAUAACAUUACAAAUCAUUACAGAGUUGUUAUGCGAUCAGCACCAGAAUUAUUAACGUGCGAACAAAUGAGAGUAUCCAUCGAAUUAUGGUCACCAUAUUUUGAACAAUACAUCGAAGUUGCUAAUCUUUCUUUACAUGGACAAUACUUUAGUAAAAGAUUAUUAAUAGGAUAUGAAACAACAGAUCAAGUUAAAGAAUUUGUUUCAAUAAUAUCUGGUACGAUGCUUUCCGUACCACGAAUAAUAGGAUGUUUGUUAGAAGAAAAUCCUGAUAAAUUUGUAAUACCUUCUAAGAUUCUUCAACAAUUAUCUGAUACAAUGAACACUGAUUAAUUCAAUUAAUAGAUAAUCAUGUUUUUUUUUUUUUUUUUCAUUAAUUCACACUUUUUACUUCUUAAUAUCUUACAAUUGUAAUUAAUACGAAAUAUCAUUUCAUUUUUAUUUUCCCCUGUGUUAUAUUACACGUCGAAGGGAAAUAAAUGAGAUGUUAUGUUCAUCAAAAUUGAAUUAACGUAUUAAUAAAGCUUAUGUAUUAAUAUAUAUAUAUAUAUAUAUAAAAUGGUAAUAUAUUUAUAAACGUUUUCAAUUAACCUUUGCUUACCACACUUGGUCCGAAAGAAUCCCCCCCAGACCUUUGUUUGCAACUUCAGUCAUUUUUCUCAAUUGUUCAACUUUGAUUAAUUUUUUAAACAUAUUUAAAUUUAAUUUAAAACUAUAAAACC